CAGUCUUGAGCAAACGCUUAAUCACAAAAGUUUAAAUUCGAAUUCUACGGCAUCAAGUGCAGCGUCAAACAAUUUCAGUCAACUUUUAUCCAAUAAUGAAUAGAAAAAGUCUGUUUAUUUUUCUUCUUCUAAAAGCAUAUCUUUUUGCGAGUGGGGACGGCUCCUACAUUGUUGUGGCACCAGACACCAUUCAGUCUAAUAAUGAAUAUUCAGUUUCGAUCUCUCUUCCGGGCAAUACCGAACCAACUACUGUUAAAGUUGAAAUUUCUGGAGGAUCAUUCACUGCAGCAAAGACCAUUGAUAUACCUGAAUAUAAUACUGCAGUGGCAAAAUUUAAUGUUCCUAUUUUGGAAAAUGGUGUAUACACAUUGAAGGUGCAAGGAAUUGAAGGAUAUGAAUUUGUCAACACAACGCAACUGAAAUAUGUGGAGAGAGAAAAUAUUUCAGAUUAUUUGAGAAAUGAUGGUGAAAUGAGAACCAUUUUAAACCAAAAUACAACAGCCAAAAGAUUUGGUCCUUUAAAUUUAAAAUUCAAAAGGGAAAAAUAUCGCAUUUUCCGAGAUGUUGUUAUUAAAGUGAAUUCAACUAAUCCAAUUCCAUAUCUGAUCUAUGAUGUGAUGGUUAAAGGAAAUAUUAUCAAACAUGAAUAUCUUGAAGUCUCUGGAGAGAAUACAAUGGAAUAUAUAACAAUAACUCCGACCUCUGAUAUGAUACCGAAGGCAAAUAUCUAUGUGUAUUAUUUGGAAAAUGGAACGCUACUUUGGGACGAUUUAUCGUUGUUCUUUGCAACAAAGUCAAAGUGUUUGAAAAAUGAUACAGAAUACGAUCGCCUUGUUGCUAAUGGUGAAGUAGAGGAGUUAGAUUUUCGAAAGCCACCUGGGGAGGAAUCACAUUUGGUAACCCUAACUAAUAUGCACUAUGUUCUGGAAGGCGCAAACUCAACAUUUUCAUCAUGGCAAAGUACACAAACAUCUGCAAAUCAUAUGAAUUUACUAAUGAAAUUCGGAGUCGGUGACCGCUACUUCAAGAGCUUUAAUCAUCUUCAGGGACAAGCUCAUUUUUGGCUUAAUGGGUUCGUCAAUAAGCAAACUAUGUAUUAUUGGUCAGGUGAUCCACAAAAAUAACUGCUAGGUGCUGUUUGCAAGCCGGCGGCGCCAUUGGGCCAUACUUCUUCGUGGACAAAGCCAAUCGUUACCUUACAGUGAAUGGACAAAGCUACCGCACUAUACUCAGUGAUUGUUUUUGGCC